CUGGGUUUGGCUUAAUGGCUAAUUGAGUAAGGAAGAAGUCUGCUCAGGUCAGUGUCUUUCUCAACAAUACAUGUAUAGAUGUCUGUUUCUCUCACUGCUGGUAUGCUACUUAAUCAUUAAUUCAGAAUUCUUUGGAGCCUACACUAGUAUACUACCAGCACACAAUCAACUCUCCUAGGAGGAGAGAUUUUCUUAGAGAUAAUUCAAAAAGGAAGCUGUGUAUCAGGUAUAUACCUGCAAUACAAUCAGUUGGACUUUAGUCAUAAACUAAUCUCAGUACAGAUGAGGAAACUCAAUAAGUUAGUCAUCAGAGGAAUAGUAUACACCAUCCUGUUAGUGAGUGCCCUAUGGUGUGUCUCAGAAAUACUGACAAAGAACAGUCAACAGGAAUACAUUAGCAUAGAGUACAAUAAUACCGAGGGAGUCAAACUAUUCUACGCAAAGAGAGAGAAGUACACUCUAGAGCAUCCAAAUAAACCGCAGAACAUGUGGGUAAAGAUAGUCGACAACAAAAUAAUAAUAAGGAGACUAGCAUUCCAUGAUACUAGAGAUCCCUCUCAUCACAGUGUCGUCUUCAACUGUAUGUAUGACGAUAGACUAGAUCUACCUUCACUGAGAGAUAAGGAUCACGAUUAUAGGAACCUCACGAAACUAUAUGCCCUUAUCACAUUCAAGACUCACUCGGCUAGAUGCUUCCAAUUAGAGUACUGGACCCACAAUGGAGAGAGACACACUAGAAAACGGUUUAAAGAGAUAUACAACAACUACAUACUACGAACUCCCGGCAGUGUGAACGAAGAACCGAUUUUUGCACAAAUAUCAACUCAUAAACACUGCAACGACCUCUCCGACUACAUACCCAUCAAAGAUAAUAAAACGGAAAAGAAUUACACUUAUGGCCUCUGUAUACACCAGAGCCUCUACAACUUGACCCAGCCCGAAAUGCUAGUACAUUGGGUUGAGCUAAACAUAGCGCUAGGAGCAGAAAUCAUGACAGUAUACCUUCAAAAUGACUAUAUAUCAGAGACCUACUACACGCUAAUGAUACCUUAUAUAAAGAAAGGGGUUGUUGAGGUAUUAGACUGGGGACUUAAGCCACCUAUCAUACCAGGGUAUACUAAAGCAUGGGGACAGAACGGAGUCAUCACAGAAUGCAUAUACAGGAACAUGUAUCGGGUCAAGUACCUUGGGCUUAGCGACCUUGACGAAUUCUUUGUCCCACAAAAAGUCAAGACCAUACCCGAGAUGAUCAAAGGGUUUGAGAAUAGCUUCUUUCGGGGGAGAAUGGCUCGCAGGGCAUCAAGCUUCACAUUCCAUAAUAUUUAUUUUCACAAAAGAGAGAGGAUGCUACCAGAACUGAGUAACACCUCAAUAUUACAGGACUGCCCUGGAAUGGAAUUACCACGUUACUAUACUUUUACUGCUAGGAGCUCUUUUAAAACACCAGAAUACUUUAAUAAGAUAAUAGUGAGACCUAGAGCAGUUAUCAGUGCUUGGAUACACAGGGUUAAUGUCCCAUUGAAAGGUUUUAGUAGAAAAUUUGGUGUGAGUGUCAGUGAUGGAGUAUCACAGCAUUAUAGAGUACCAGAGAAAGAGAUUAAGAGGCCACAAACUACAUUUACUAUGAGUCGAUAUUUUCAUGAGACGCUAAGAGGAAUAAAAAGAGAGCUGUGCAAGAAAAACACUGGGACUGCAUGACCACCUUAAAUAAACUUAGUUGAUAAUUUUUGCCAAAUUACAUAUAAAAUUAUUAUUAUAUACAUUGGGUACUGUAAAUCCAAAUAUAUUAACAAACUUUAUGUUUCGCGUUAUUGCAGUGGUGGGUAUACUAAUGUCCAUUAAUUUUAA